AUGCUUUAUAAUCUUACUUCUAUAAUCAAUGAGGAUACCCCUCAAGAAACCCACUCAAAUGAAAAUGAUGAGCCUGGUACUCGGCUUAAAGCCUCAGAUAAACUCCCAACCCCGGUUUUUACUGGUGAAUUGGGCGACGAAGCAUUCAAAGACUUAGAAUUGUUUCAUAAAUAUUACGAAAGCAAAUUUGAAGGGAACUUCGGAGCUCGCUCGAGAAAUACGGCCGCAGAGACAUUCUCUGGAGCUGGUGCAAGUAAAGCAGAAUGUUCCAGGCAAUUUCUCUUAUAUUAUGGGGAAUCAUUAAAGCGUUUAUUCGAUUCUGCCAACAUUGAUUUCUUAAUAAGAAAAACCACUGACUCUACUGAAUCGCCCUGUUUGCUUUUUUCAGAGACAAAUAAAAAAGGGUUGGUGUUUGUUGACAUUAGUGAUCUCGAAUUUAGUAAGUUUUUGUCAAAUAAAAAAGUCCCUUUCAAUUCUGAAUUUGAGUCGAUAAUUAAAGGUGUCUAUACAAAGUUUAUCAAUCUCGAAACUACCCGGGGGAUCGUCAGUAAUGGCGGAACCACCCUUUUCUUAGAAAUAGACGAAACCAAACUAGACGAGUUACUCCAGGUUGGUUGUCAUUCAAACCCAGAAGACUUUGUUGUUCCAUUCCGUUAUAAAGUAAUAAGACUGGAUGAAGAUUUCACUACUAUGGGUGGUUUGAUUGCUUGGAUCUACCGUGCCAUUUCAAAGUCGGAAACUAGUAGAUUAGAAGAAAAGAAAGUGGUUGAUAAAUUUAACAAACUCGUUCAAUUGAAACCUCCACACUUUUCCGAAAUUACCAAAUAUAUCGAAGACAAAUGCAAGCAGAUUCCGGGAACGGAUGCAAAAAUUGCCGCAACCCAUAUAAUAGGAGAAGGCGAAACAAUGAAAAUGUUUGACUACGUACAAGAUCAGUCGUUUAAGAUGGAGAAACUUUAUUACUAUGGAAGUUUUACAUUAGAUUUGAAAUUUAGAAAACUCUUUGCGUAUUACACUUUGACGUCUCAUGUGGAAGGCGGACAGAAACUAUUCUUUGGCGAAACGAUCAUCAAUGGUUGUCGACAAAUGAAGAACCUGGCUAAACUUGGAGUUCAGCUCAAAAUUCAUGGCCAUAGUUUUGCAAUUGUUAAUGGUAUUCCUGUAUUUCUUGAUAUCACCUCGGUAAAUGACCGUAUUCUGGAAUACGACUGCUCUGAAGAUAUGAAAAUAUUUAUGAAAAACUUUAACCUUCUGGAGAAAGAUAUGGAAGAUUUCAAAAAAGAGAUUUAG